UCAAAACAAAGGAUCAGAUCUUCUUAAAGUGUUUUCACAAGCGUGUACAAACAGAGCUGAUGGUAAAACUUUAAGGGAGGAAGACACAUCUGUACAAUUAGAAAAUGUACUGUUACUGAAGAAAACACUGGCGAUCACAUGGCGCCUUGGACUCCGUGGCUGUUCUUGACAUGUGUCAUCAUCAUCAUCAGGCUCCAGUCCAGUGUUCAGGGGUCCAGUACUCCAGAAUGUGGAGUGGCACCUCUGAGCUCAAGAAUUGUGGGUGGUGUAAAUGCAUUAGCUGGAUCAUGGCCCUGGCAGGUCAGCCUACAGAUUAUUUCCGGCAAUCAAAGCUUUCCUGUCUGUGGAGGGACUCUGAUCAGCAGCCAGUGGGUGCUCACUGCAGCUCACUGCCGUGUAAUACCAAACCCCAAUUCCUGGAUUGUUGUCAUGGGUCAAGUGAAUCUGGCUACCCCAAGUGUUCAUACGCAGAUCCACCCCAUCUCCAAGUUCAUUAUUCAUCCUUCAUACACCACAGCAACUACUGGCAAUGACAUUGCCCUGAUUCAACUCAGGGGCCCAGUCAACUUCACCAGUUACGUCAGACCGAUCUGCCUGGCAAGUAACUCCAGCAGGUUCUACACCAACACCAUGUGCUGGUCCACAGGAUGGGGCCAAAUCAGCAGCAGUGAGCCACUGCCGUCACCUUUUCCACUGCAGGAGGUUCAGGUUCCUGUGAUUGGAAAUAAUCAGUGCAACUGCAGCCUUCACCCCAUAAUACAUGUCAACCUCCCUGAAGACGUAAUAUGUGCAGGACAAACAAGGGGUGAAGGAGCAUGUAGGGGGGACUCAGGUGGCCCUCUGCAAUGCAAACAAGACUCGGUGUGGAUCCAGGCAGGCAUCACCAGUUUUGGGAUACCUUGUGCUUUGGGUUUCCCUGACGGCUAUGGCAGAAUAUCGUUUUUUCAGUCUUGGAUCACAGAUCAAAUCGGAGGAGCGAAUGUAACCUUCAAGACAUUCACUUCCAGUGGUACAGAUCCAGACAGCAGCUUUGUGUGUUCUACAGCAACACCUAUAAUGACGGGAACCGCAACGACGGCGGGAACCACAACGACUACGGGAACUACGACAAUGGGAACCACAACGACUGUGGGACCCACAACGACUGCGGGAACUACGACUGCGGGACCCACAACACCUGUGGGAACCAUGACAAUGGGAACCACAAAGACUGUGGGAACCAUGACAAUGGGAACCACAAAGACUGUGGGAACCACACCGAAUGAGGGAACCACACCGGCUGUGGGAACCACAACGACGGCGGGAACCACAACGACUACGGGAACUACGACAAUGGGAACCACAACGACUGUGGGACCCACAACGACUGCGGGAACUACGACUGCGGGACCCACAACGACUGCGGGAACCACGACUGCGGGAACCACACCGACAGUGGGAUCCACAACAACAAUGGGAACAAUGGCUGCGGGAACCACGACGACUGCGGGAACCACGACGACUGCGGGAACCAUGAUGACUGCGGGAACUGCAACAACAAUGGGAACAAUGACUGUGGGAACCGCAACAACAAUGGGAACAAUGACUGUGGGAACCGUGACAACUGCGGGAACCGCGACGACAGCGGGAACCGCGACGACAGCGGGAACCACAAUGACUACGGGAACCACUACAUCAGCAGCCACAACAGUGUCUCCAAUAGGCCUGUUUGUCAUGAUCACAUCAGCGUUCCUGCCCUACAUUUAUCAUUGUUGGAAAUAAUGCACUUCUAAUUUCCAACAUUAACAACUUGUUUCACAUUAAGCCUGGGUCCCACCGAAUAAUGAAGGAUGAAUAAUGAGCCAUGCAGCAUGUUUUCUUUGCUGUGAGAGGGUUUCUUCAACUAUCAUGGGAGAAUGGUGGCUCUGAAUGGCUCUUAGAGGCAUUAUCUUCAGUUAACGAGGCUCUAACGUGGCGCUAAUUUCAAGAUGUUCAAAAUUUAGCAACAACAGCAUGGGCCAGUUUGUGUAGGAGUUAUUAUGAUGACUUAGAGGCAUGUGUGUGGUGCUUACGAGGCUGCUAAAAGCCAAUUUUCUGUGCGCCACCCAGCUACGCAGAAAAUGAGAGGCUAUUUUUGGAGUGGCUGCCCUCUUGCACACACAAUUCCACCUGCUCUGUGCGCUGGACACUGUAUAUAAAAUAAUUACAUUGUAGCGGAUUAAUCAUUUUUUGCCAAAUCAUUUUCUGUGAUUUUAAUGGACGUCAAUAAUGGACGAACCCAAAGUCAAAAUUUGGAUGACUGUGUUAAAGUGGAUGUGUGUUUAAAGCCGCGGAAGGAAUAAUUUCAGUGAAGCCACUAAAAGCCGCACAGAGCUGUGCAGCCACACAGAAGGAGAGCGCGCAAAAGAGCGAUUUUUUAAACAUAACACAAAGUUAAAAUUUGUAUUACGGUGACUUCUAAGCUGCGGCAGAAA